ACGUUCAGAGCGCUGACCAUCAGUGAAAGUGCUGGCUCCCCCAGGAGGAAAAUGGAAACGCGAUGUGCGACGCCUGCUGUGGGACACGUCGCAACCUCGUGAAACACCUCAGGGGGGGCCCACGGGCUGCGUAACAUAUGCCAUGUACAUACUCCUACCGAUGCAUGUGUACAUUGUCGUCAGGCUUUGCUAAACAUGUCAUGGGCUCUAUGUUUCGAGGACGCUGCGAUACGGAGGGGCCCAGUACGCUUCGGGACAUCAUGCCUGUCAACACGUACGCCUGCCCCGCACGCGAGGUCGACGGCUCGACGAUCUCUGCGAACACUUCUGCACGCAUCUACCUUUGCGACCUCGUCCGUUUGACGAUGGCCGACGGCAGGGAGAACGCAGCGAUGGAGAUGUCCGCGGCGCCACCCGCGUGGUUCAGCGGUGGGAACGCGGAGGCAGACGACGCGGACGCCGACAAGAAGCAGAAGGGGGAGAAGCCCGACAAGACAGGUGGGCGCGCUGGCGCAGGCAACGACAACAAGCUCGGCGUCGCCAACGCCAGGCACACCAUGACGAUCGCGCGAGAUGUCCCAGACUUGAAGAGCACGGUCAACCUCCGAUACGAGAUGCCAGAUUCGACGAAAGGAGUAACGGCGGCGAGCAAAUCAGCAGGGGCGGCCUACAACAAGACGAGCCUGGAGAUGAAGAAGACCGCUCGCGCGGGCGGAGACGUGAACUACAAAGAGCGGGGGCCACCCCACGUUCACAUCGUGAUGGCGGCCGUCCUGCACGGCGCGGGCAAGCAGUUCGGCGACGGUGGCAGUCCAGAUCAGAUCAAGCUCCGAGACACGAUGAAAGACUUUCUACAGCACUGAGAUCAUGAAGCCAGGCCUUUCGGCGAUGAAGAUAGGUCGGGCCGUCCCGUACUUCCGCUGCCAGGUGUUGAAGGCGGCGAACGGCGACACUCCGGAGGCCAUCCUUUCGAUGGCGCUCCACAGGGCCACGUCGGUGGGCAGCACUCUCUCUUGGCAUAUGGAAAAGUUGCUGGAGUUCGAGGGGGGGUGUUCUUGCCGGGAGCGGUUCCGAGAGGGCCCCUGGGAAAGAGAGAUCGGUGACAUGGGUGGGCCCAGGAACAAGCAGUAG